CGAAAUCGCUCGAGCAUGACAUGGAGACAGAUAGAGGUCCAUUCGUUCACUUGACACACACACACACACACAUCCAGUUUCGGCAUGGGCGGACUUGACAUGCUUCCACAGAACUGACUCCCUGCCGUGCAUGCCAUGCCUUAUUAAUAAUGUGUCAUGUCACUUCUUGCAGCAGGCCCGCACGCUGUCUUUAGUGCGAGCAAGAGGACGCACCCUUGACAGCGUAGAGGCAACAUGAAAACCCACCAACAACAAGCGCUCGACCAACCAACCACCAACUAGCAGACCAGCAACCGACCACCCCCCUCCGUCCCUCGUUUCCCACAUGGACCCCAUUAGUGACUCGGAUCACUUCUUGGCGUCAUAGAAUGGCCUGUCUGGGUAGAGGAAGGGGUCGGCCUCCUGAGGCGCCAUCUGCAGAGUCACGGGGUACUCCUUCCCCGCCUCCGGCACAAACGUCGGAUGCGGAAUGUCGUUCUGAAGCAACCUGAACACACACACACACACACACACAGAGACACACACAUGCAACAUGGACACACUUGCAUGAGAGGCAUGUGUUUGCAGGGGCACGCAGGAAGCCAUCCACAUGUUUGUGUAGAUGCAUACAUACCCAUUUCGAUGGAAGGUGACGCCCCUUGCGUCGCUGAUCUUGCACACCUGGCCCUUGUGGCCCGGGAUGACCCCCUUCAGAAACAGCAAGUUCCGCGCAGACUCGAUCCGAAACACCUGCAGCACGCACAACACAGACAGCCACACAGAGAGGGCCAUGUAUGUUUUCAUCAAGGCCUCGCCCCCUCCAUGUCUGAUGCCCAGCGACUGACUGACUGACCCUGCAGUUGACGAUUCUGGGGUCAGGCCCCACGUGUCCGCCCAUCUUCUUGAAGCGCCAGACCACGUCGGCUGAGUGGCCGCGGCCAGUGGAGCCGUGCGAGCGAUGGGCCUUCUUCUCUGUGCCGUGGGCGUCGCUCUUCCUCGCAAAACCCCAACGCCCAACCGGACCUGACCACGUACGACAACAGGCACACACACAGACACCUACCGACACGUGCUGCUCUCUGCUGGGUUGUGUGGUGUGGUUUGGUGUGCGGUGGUUUGCUGUAAUUAAUGUGUGCGUUGGUACCAUCCCAUCCCUUGCCCUUGGUCCAGCCCGAGACGAAGACCCACAUCCCAGGGACGAAGUGGCGGACCGACAUAAAGUGGCCCACGGGGAUGUGGCAGUCGGCGGUGCACUUGAACUCCUUGACGAUGUGCUUCGGACCAACCUGCAUCCACACGCAUGUGAGUGACAUCACAUCCUAUCAUGUGUAUGUGUCCGGAUUGAUGUGUGUGCUGACCCCCAGUUUGAUGUAUCUGCCGACGUUGGGUUUGGACUGUCUGAAAACGUUGCGGUAGCCCAGCCCCAGCUGCACCGCCUCGUAGCCGUGCUUGGCCAACGUCCGCUGCUCCAACACCACACAACGGUCAACCUGAUUCAUGGUCACACACAAGAAAAGACAAGACAAGGCACCAGAGAGAAACGCACUUACAUUCAUGGACGGCCGUUGAAUACACACAUCAAUCCUACCUUGACGACGGUGAUGUGGUGCCUCUCCCCCCAUUCGUCCCACAGGUUCAUGCAGCCCAUCUUGUAGCCCAGCACGCCGCACCGUCGACUAUCCCAGUUGGGCUUGAUGGGCUUCAACUCCUCACUCACAUUCUCAUACACCUGCACACAUCACACCACACCACACAUCUCCUUCCUGCAGCUAGCCAAGCAGCGCCCUCAUAUAUCUCAUGUUUGGUGUGCUUGCCUCGUAGUCGGGUAUUUCGGGGACCGGGUCGAAUCUCCUGUGCAUGAGCAGAUCAUGCAGCCGGUGCUGCCACUUGGACGUGUAGAAGCUGCGCCGACUCGGGCCGCGAUAAGGGCCACCUGGAGGCAGAGAUGCGCUGCUCCAAGGGUCAGCCAGCCUGCUGAUGGGAACUGCGGCUGAUGGCGGGAGGGACGGGGACGUUGAUGGAGCCGCCAGUGCCACCCGAACGAGGCGGUUGGGCAGCAUUGAUGAGAGCGGCGAUUGAGGUGUCGAUGAAAAGCGUCGAUUUCCUGUCAGAAAGUAUAGAUCUGCGCCGAGAAGGUCUUGACGAUGACGUUGAG